GCCUUCUAAAAAGGACAGGAACCUCCUCGUGAUCCUCCUUGUGUCCACAACCCAACAUUUUAUUCCCUUUUUCCUCUGUCUUCCUCUUCAUCCUCUCUUCUUCUCCAAACCCUAGUUUUUUACAAACCCUCAAAAUCAUUGAAUAUAUAUUUUAAGAAUCAUCAGCAUAUACAUAUCAUCUGAAACUUGAAGCCACUACAUAUUCUUCUUGGUUCCUUGAUCAUCUAUCUAUAGCCAAAAACAUUAAUAAAUAUUCUUAUUACAUAUAGAGAGUGUAUAGGCAAUAUUAAUGGCAUCCUCAUCAGAACUAAGCUUGGACUGCAAGCCACAAAGCUACUCUAUGCUUUUGAAAUCCUUUGGAGAAAAUUUUCAGAGCGAUCAAACCACACAAAAGCUUGAAGAUCUGCUUUCUCGCCUCGAACAGGAACGUCUCAAGAUCGAUGCCUUCAAACGCGAGCUCCCCCUUUGCAUGCAGCUCCUUAACAAUGCUGUGGAAGUUUACAAACAGCAGCUAGAAGCAUAUCGAGCAAAUGGUAAUAACAACAACCAAAGUGUUGUCACAAGACCGGUUCUUGAAGAGUUUAUACCCUUAAGAAACCAACCCGAAAAGGCGAAUAAUUGGAUGACGACUGCUCAGCUUUGGAGCCAACCUGAAACCAAACCAAAAAACAAUGAUUCAAGUACAGAUACUCCCAAAGACGAGCUUGCUAGUAGUCCAAAACUCGGACAUGUUGAUGCGAAACAAAGAAAUGGCGGUGGCGCUUUUCAUCCUUUCACUAAGGAACAACAUUUGCCUGAAUUAGCUCUAUCUACGGAGGUCAAAAGGUUCUCUCCGACCAUUGAACAUACUAAUGACCACGGUAACGAUGAGAGCAUGAUAAAUAGUGGUAAUAACAAGAACAAUAAUAAUAACAAUUCGAAUAGCAAUGGAAUUUCUUCUACAACAAGUCAAAGUAAUAGAAAGGCACGGCGUUGCUGGUCGCCGGAUUUGCACAGGAGAUUUGUCCAGGCUCUCCAAAUGCUUGGUGGUUCUCAAGUGGCUACACCGAAACAGAUAAGGGAGCUUAUGAAAGUUGAUGGUUUGACCAACGAUGAAGUCAAAAGUCAUCUCCAGAAAUACCGGCUUCACACAAGAAGACCAAGCCCAAGCCCACAAACAUCAGGUGGACAAGGUCCUCAUUUAGUGGUCCUUGGUGGCAUAUGGGUUCCACCAGAGUACACCACUGCACACGGAGGCACUCCAACUCUCUACCACCACCAAGUUCACCACCACCAUGGCAACGCCGCUACGCAGCCUCCACAACACUUUUGCUCCUCUCAAGAAUUCUAUACAACUCCGCCUACACCGCAGCCGCUCCAUCACCAACACUUCCAAACAUUUAACGGCUCAUCCGGCGGUGGCGCCACGUCCAAUGAUUCAGCUCAUCAUCAGUUAACGGACAGUGCCACCGAUGAAGGGAGGUCUCUCGAGAGUGCUAGUGGAGAGGGAAAAGGUUUGGCUGCUCUGAGGGAGGAAGGUGAAGAUCAGAGUAAUAUUAAUGGAAGUGAAAUAACUCUCAAAUUCUGAAUUUUUUUUUUCUUCUUGAUUAAUUAGAGGGAGAGAUUCUAGGGUUAGGGAUGGGUGGCAAUGUGAAUUUGACUAAAUUUAUUGCUUGCAUCUCGCUAUGUACUUCGUAGCAUAACCGUAGGACGGUAGGAGGUAGUGAGUGUUUUAUCGAAUUUAUGAUUAAUUAUCAUAGUUGAUCAGUUGAUCUUGUUGAAUAUUGUGUCACUUAAUUAGAAAAUCAUUGUAUGACAUUUACUAGCUAAAUAAGAUGUGUACUGUUUUGUCUUC